GAUCUGCAAAACAAGCUGAACAACGAAAAGUCGCGUCUAGCAGCUGCUGUACAGGCCUGUGAAGCUGCCACUGCUUCCAUCAGUCGCCCCAGCUCACCGCUGGAGACUGCCAUUCAAGCCAUACCCGAACGCGAGCUUAUUGUGCGCGCAAAACUGGAAGAUUUGCUGGAUCAGAUGCCGAGCAACCAAGAAGCAUUGCACUCAAGCAACAUCGCCGCUAAGGCUGUUAGCGAUGUUGAACUACAAGAGAUUAAUAACGCUCCGCAUGAUCCAGCUGCUCAAGAGCGUUUAAAUAGAAAAUUAUCACGCUCUAAUAGCGAGCGUGUAAUCAAGCUUAAUACAUUAAUCACUAAGGUAAGUUUGCUGCCUCGCGACUAGCGAAAUUUUUUGGGCUAUUUCAAACGCUGCUGAAAUUGUAAUGCUUUCCUUAAUGCUUUAGUUUUGUACUAAUUUUCCUGCUAAAUUGCUAUCGUAUUCGCAACCCCAAUGUAAAUACAUACAUAUAUGAGCAAAUCUCAAGAAUGGUUACAUUUUUCGACAAGAACGUGUUUAUGGUCGAAAUUGGUGGCACACUUAUCUACAACAAUGCAUUAUCUUCAGUUGUGCAUAAGGAACAAAAUUCCAUCGCGAAAUUCUACUUAAAUAAAAACUUAAAAAAGAUAUACUAGAAAAAGUCAAAAUAACAACUCGUGCUCAUAUACCUGUAGUUGUGUGUGCAACGUAUACGCCCCGUAGCACGAUGCACAGUCAGCUGACACAUU